AUGGAAGCAAACACCGGAAGAGGAAUUUCGCGAGGAAUGCUCCCAUUACUCGCUCUUCACACCUUCACCGAAUAUUACAGAUCCGACUCAAAACCUCCCGUCACCGCCGCCCUCAUCGCCGCCAACACUCUCAUCUAUCUCCGACCCAAUUUCCUCCGUUCCCUCAUUCCACCCAUCGAUCAUGUCUGGUUCAACCCCCACCUCAUCCUCAAGAACAAGGAUCUACAACGAUUCUUCUUAUCGCCGUUCUACCAUAUCGGAGAUUCUCACCUCGUUUACAACAUGAUUUCUCUUCUCUGGAAAGGUAUUCAACUAGAAAACUCCAUGGGAAGUCUCGAAUACGCUUCUACGGUAGCUUCUCUUCUCGCUUUAUCACAGAGUAUAACCCUAAUUUUGUCCAAAUCCUUGCUUAUUUUCUUCGAUUACGAAAGAUCUUAUUACUACGAAUACUCCGUUGGUUUCUCCGGCGUUCUAUUCGCUAUGAAAGUAGUUCUCAAUUCACAAUCGGAUGAUUACACUAAUGUUUACGGUGUUUCAGUUCCGUCGCGUUACGCUGCUUGGGCUGAGUUGAUUCUUAUUCAAAUGUUUGUACCUGGUGUAUCGUUUCUAGGUCAUCUUAGUGGUAUACUUGCCGGACUUGUUUAUCUAAGGUUGAGACGGAAUUAUUCCGGUUCAAAUCCGUUGAGUUCUAUUUUUAGGGGUUUUGGUUCUUUGUUGAGAUGGCCUGUGAGGUUUUUGGGUAAUUUGUUUGGGUUUCGGAUGGGGCGGAUUACUGGUAGGGGGAGGGUUGGACGUGCGGGGAGGAAUGCGAAUGCUCGGCCUGCUGUUGAUUGGAGAUGCCAGGCUUGUACUUAUGAUAAUCCUGGUUUGUUGAAUGUUUGUGAGAUGUGUGGUACUAGUAGGGGUUCUUCUUCUUUGCGUCGUGAUUAUUAUGAUUCUGAUGGUCUUUCAAUGGAUGAAUUGCGCCGCAGGAGAGUUGAAAGGUUUGGUAGGUGA